GGGAAGGCCGGGAGGCUGGGGCUGUUGCUCUGGGUCCGUCGUAGCACGUGGCGCGCGGAUUUGGCGUGGGGGCUUCUGAGCGGCUUGCGAGGCGGAAACCCACGGAGAGGCGGUUGGGUCGGCCGCGGAUAUAACCGUCUCUGUGCGGUUCCUGUCCCAGCGCCGGGUGGGCGGCCUCCGCGGGCGCCGAGCCUCUGCGCGCGUCCGUCAUGGACUACCGGCGGCUGCUGAUGAGUCGGGUGGUCCCUGGGCAGUUCGACGACGCGGACUCUUCGGACAGUGAAAACAUUGACUUGAAGACAAUCAAAGAAGAAGAUGACUUUGUAUUUGAAGACCUGCAAAGUAAUGUGAAUGAGAAGAUGGGUGAAGGUGAGAUAGAAGAUGAGGAGGAGGAAGAGGAUUAUGAUGAUGACGAUGAUUGGGACUGGGAUGAUGGUGUUGGAAAACUUACCAAAGGUUAUACCUUGAAUGGAGGUAGUAACCCACAGGCAAAUCGACAGACUUACAACUGCAGUUCGGCCAAAAUGUCUACUCCAGCAGACAAGGUCUUACGGAAAUUUGAGAAUAAAAUUAAUCUAGAUAAGCUAAAUGUUACUGAUUCUGUCAUAAAUAAAGUCACUGAAAAGUCUAGACAAAAGGAAGCAGAUAUGUAUCGCAUCAAAGAUAAGGCGGACAGAGCAACUGUGGAACAGGUGUUGGAUCCCAGAACACGAAUGAUUUUAUUCAAGAUGUUGACUAGAGGAAUUAUAUCAGAGAUAAAUGGCUGCAUUAGCACAGGAAAAGAAGCUAACGUAUACCAUGCUAGUACAACAAAUGGAGAGAGCAGAGCAAUCAAAAUUUAUAAAACUUCUAUUUUGGUGUUCAAAGAUCGGGAUAAGUAUGUAAGUGGGGAAUUCAGAUUUCGUCAUGGCUAUUGUAAAGGAAACCCCAGAAAAAUGGUGAAAACUUGGGCAGAGAAAGAAAUGAGAAACUUAAUCAGGCUAAACACAGCCAAGAUCCCAUGCCCAGAACCUAUCCUGCUGAGAAGUCAUGUUCUUGUCAUGGGUUUCAUUGGUAAGGAUGACAUGCCAGCACCACUCUUGAAAAACAUCCAGUUAUCAGAAUCCAAGGCUCGGGAGUUGUAUCUGCAGGUCAUUCAGUACAUGAGAAGGAUGUAUCAGGAUGCCAGGCUUGUCCAUGCAGAUCUCAGUGAAUUUAACAUGCUGUACCACAGUGGAGGUGUGCACAUCAUUGACGUUUCUCAGUCCGUGGAACAUGACCACCCACACGCCUUGGAGUUCUUGAGAAAAGAUUGUGCCAAUGUCAACGAUUUCUUUUUGAAGCACGGUGUUGCUGUGAUGACUGUGCGGGAGCUCUUUGAAUUUGUCACAGAUCCCUCAAUUACACGUGAGAACAUGGAUGCUUAUCUCUCAAAGGCCAUGGAAAUAGCAUCUCAAAGGACCAAAGAAGAAAGGUCCAGCCAAGAUCAUGUGGAUGAAGAGGUAUUUAAGCGAGCAUAUAUUCCUAGAACCUUGAAUGAAGUAAAAAAUUAUGAGAGGGAUAUGGAUAUAAUGAUGAAAUUGAAGGAAGAGGACAUGGCCAUGAAUGCCCAACAAGACAAUAUUCUAUACCAAACUGUAACAGGAUUGAAGAAAGAUUUGUCAGGAGUUCAGAAGGUUCCUGAACUUCUAGAAAAUCAAGUUAAGGAAAAGAAUUGUUCUGAUUCAGAAGAUGCUGUAAGCUCUGAGUGUGCUGACACAGACUCUGAGGAGCAGGGAGACCAUGCCUGCUCCAAGAAACCCACCACUGACCUUCAAGUUGAUAAAAAGGAAAGAAAAAAGAUGGUCAAGGAAGCCCAGAGAGAGAAAAGAAAAAACAAAAUUCCUAAACAUGUGAAAAAAAGAAAAGAGAAGACAGCAAAGACGAAAAAGGGCAAAUAG